AGGGCCACUUCGGCCCGAACGCGACCCCGCCCCGCGGCGAGGCCCCUGGCAGGCACUGGGAGCCCAGCGCGUUCCUCGGCCAGCGAGCGCCCCCGACAAUGCGCCUGUAAUGGCGGCGGCGAUGGCCGCGGGGGCCGCGGCGGGUCCUGGCGGCGGCGCGGCGGGCGAGAGGCCCGCGCCCAGGUACACUCUGUCGCAGUUCAGGGCCGCCAAGGAGCUCGGUUCCGGCUCCUUCGGCGUGGUGCGCCAGGCGGUGCACGAGGACACCGGGGAGGUCUUUGCGAUGAAGGUCCUGGAGAAAGAGCGUGUUGUGCGGCGCGGGCUGCAGACCCAGUUGCGCCGUGAGGUGCUGACGCAGCUGCGCGUGAGGCACGCCAACGUCGUGCGGCUGCACUACUACUUCGAGGAUGCGGCGAAGAUCUACUGCCUCUUGGAGUACGCCGACGGGGGCCAGCUCUUCGCCUACCUGCGGCAGCAGCGAGGGUGCGUGCCAGAACGCCAGGCCGCCGCCUUGUUUGCGGACACCGCGGCAGGCCUGGCCUACCUCCACGGCCUCCGCGUGGCGCACCGGGACCUGAAGCCAGAGAACAUUCUUCUGUUCGGUAAGGCCCUCCGCGCGAAGAUCGGUGACUUCGGCUGGUGCGUUGAGAUCACCCCGGAGCAGCCGACGAGGAACACUUUCUGCGGCACCCUGGACUAUGUGGCCCCGGAGAUGCUCGCCAGCGAACCCCACGACACAACCGUGGACCUCUGGGCUCUGGGGGUGCUGCUCUACGAGCUGCUGCUGGCGCGCUCGCCCUUCGCCGGGAGCUCCCAGAAGGAGACCAUGGACAGGAUCUGUGAGGUGCGCCUGGAGCUGCCCCCGCGGGCGGUGCCUCCUGGCCCCGAGGCCAUCAUCCGCGGGCUGCUGGUGCGGCACGGGAGGGACCGGAUGCCGCUGGCGAGGGUGCUCCAGGACCCUUGGGUCUUCGCCAGCAGCGCCCCCGACGCCGCGCCGCCCCCGGGCGGCGAGGACGACACGGACGCCACGCGGGCUGUGGUUCGCGGCGCUUCCACCGCGUGCCCCCCCGCCGCGGGCGGCCCAGGC